AUGCGCCACAUGCGCUGAUGGGGAUCCCGCACAAGCAGCAGUUCGCUUUAACUGUGUUUUUCAGUCACUCGCUUACAAUAUUCAGUCACUCGCUUCCGACUGGUUCUGCCUGUACGUCACUGCUUUAAUUUAGCAUUUUAUCUUUCGACUCUUCUUCAGUGAGACACUCCGAACCAGCUGAAAGAUGUCUGCUGCAGAUGAUGCAAAUCCAGCAGGUGCUCCUGGUGGCCCUGGAGGAGCUGGUGCUCCUGCUCCCCCUCCAAACACCACCAGCAACCGCAGAUUACAGCAAACACAAGCACAAGUAGAGGAGGUGGUGGAUAUCAUGCGUGUGAAUGUGGAUAAAGUGUUGGAGAGAGAUCAGAAGCUGUCGGAGCUGGACGACAGGGCAGAUGCUCUACAGGCUGGGGCUUCACAAUUUGAAAGCUGUGCUGCCAAACUCAAGAACAAGUACUGGUGGAAGAACUGUAAGAUGAUGAUUAUUAUGGGGGUCAUCGGAGUCCUCUUCGUUGGAAUCAUUUUCUUGUAUUUCUUCUCUUGAACGGAUGACGAGUGAACAGUCGUGUGCUCCACCUCCAGUAGUUCCCAGAUCCUCCUCUCUUCAAUCUCAGUCUCUCUCAUUUAGUCAUUUUGCACAGUAGAAUGCCGAUAUCCAGAAUGGGCACACUUCACAUGCUCUAUAUUUACAGCCACCCUCCCUCUCAGAAUCUCCUGCAUUAUUCACAUGCAGAUGUUCAUACACGAAUGCACAGAGCAAGAGAGUGAGGCAAACAGACUAAGAAUAAGUGGGGGAGGCCAAGAAGAAAAAAAGAGAAGCAUACAAUACCAUUCAAAGGAAGCGUUCAGUUCAUCAACAAAACCAGCUUUUAAUUAACCUGUUAGCCAGCACUCAAUUUUGGGGAUUUACACCUACCCAACUUUAAAUAGUAACAGUUCCUGACUCCAGUAAGCUACAAACACAAAUUAUGUAUCAUUGGAAAGAAGACGCUUUGAGCUUUUCUUUGGUAAAAGGAGAAGUUACAUGUUAAAAAA